AUGCGGUGCUGCCAGCUAAGUGAGAGUGAACAGUCGCUCAGUCAGGAGCUGACAGAGCACCUCACCCCUCAGGUGACAGUCGUCCACAAAGAUCUGCCUGGGCCAGAAUGCUGGACCUCCUCAAACAACGGGAAAUGUCGUGGGGAUGAGCAGAAACAAGCAGGAAGGGACUGGGGUGUUCGGGAGGGGCCAGCACUGGAGAGCAGCCCAGCUUCCGACCUCAUUCCAACGAAAUGGCCUCUUCGAAGGGACCAGCCGUCCCCCAGGAGCAGCAAGCCAAGUUGGACCGAUGACCUGCCCCUCUGCCAGCUCUCUGGAGUUGGCUCCACUCCAAACCGUACCUACUCUGCUGAUGGCAAGGGCACCGAGAGCCAUCUGGAGGAUAACUGGCUCAAGUUUAGGAGCGAGAACAACUGCUUCCUCUACGGGGUCUUCAAUGGCUACGACGGCAAUCGAGUGGCCAACUUUGUGGGGCAGCGGCUCUCCGCGGAGCUGCUGCUGGGCCAGCUGCAUGCUGACCACAGCGAGGCUGACGUCAGGCGGGUGCUGCUCCAGCUUUUGACGUGGGUGGAAAGGAGUUUCCUGGAGUCCAUUGAUGACAGCUUGGCAGAGCAGGCGAGGACAGUGAUGGGGCUGGUCCGGGCCUCACAGGUGCUCUCUGGGUUACAGGGGGGGUCCCUCUAGCACCAGCUACCGCCUCAGUACCAGAAGAUCCUGGAGAAGCUGAAGGUGCUGGAGAGAGAGAUUUUCUGGGGGGCGAGGGGGGCGAUGGCUGUGGUGGCGCUCAUUCUCAACAACAAGCUCUACAUCGCCAAUGUUGGUGAGGCUCUUACGAACCGCGCGCUGCUCUGCAAGGCCACGGGAGACGGGCUGCAGGUGACGCAGCUGAACGCUGACCACACUACCGAAAAUGAGGACGAGCUCUUCCGCCUGUCCCAGCUGGGGUAUGUGCCUCGUGCCCGCUCCAGCUGGGGACCAUCGGGUGGCCAGGAGAGUACCCGCCGCAUCGGAGACUACAAGGUCAAAUAUGGCUACAGCGACAUAGAAUUGCUCAGCGCUGCCAAGUCCAAGCCCAUUAUCGCAGAGCCAGAUCAUGGAGGGCAGCCCCUGGAGGGUGUGACUGGCUUCCUGGUGCUGAUGUCAGAGGGGCUCUACAAAGCCCUGGAGGCUGCCCACGGGCUGGGCAGGCCAAUCAGGUGAAUUGCAGCCAUGAUUGACACAGAAUUUGCCAGCAGACCUCCCUGGACGCGGGUGGCCCAGGCUGUGGUGGACCGGGUGAAACGUAUCCACGGGGACACCUUUGCCAGUGGCGGGGAACGUUCCACAUUCUGCCCCCGGCACGAGGACAUGACCCUGCUGGUGAGGAACUUUGGGUACUCACUGGGCGAGAUGAGCCAGCCCACCCUGACCCCAGCCCAAGGAGGACGUGUGUAUCCCGUCUCGGUGCCAUACUCCAGUGCCCAGAGCACCAGCAAGACCAGUGUGACGCUGUCCCUCGUUAUGCCCUCCCAGGGACAGAUGGUCAAUGGUGCCCACAGCGCUUCUACCCUGGAUGAGGCGACGCCCACCCUCACCAACCAAAGCCCGACCAUGACCCUGCAGUCCACCAACACGCACACCCAGAGCAGCAGCUCCAGCUCGGACGGGGGUCUCUUCCGCUCUCGCCCCUCCCACUCCCUCCAGCCCGAUGAGGACGGUCGGGUGGAGCCCUAUGUGGACUUUGCUGAGUUUUACCGGCUCUGGAAUAUGGACCACGGGGAGCAGGGGCCCCUUCCAGUGUCUUAGCGCUGAAGCCAUGGCUCUGUGAUGGGAGGGGACCGUCGCGGUCCCUCCACCUGGACCCUAUCCCCUGGGGACCAUUGUCAGGACCUCUUGGGCUUCUUGUGAAGCUGUGGGGCACAUGUAGGGGAAGCAGAACCCUGCCCCCACUCUUCUCACUGCCCAGGUCCCCCAGAUGGAAUCUGCGGGGAUCACCUGGCACAGAGGACCCAAGUGGAGACUGUACAUUGGGAGCAAGUAGCCACCCACCCUGGCAGCCUAGCAUUUCUGGGGACUGGUACCUGUCUCUCCCAAUAAAUGUAACCUGUACCAUCUA